UAAAACAACUCAUGCAAUCUCAGAAACAUCAGUUCGUAACAAAAUCCCACAUUUUUUCCUACAUUCAUUAUUGCAUGAAGGGCAGAAAUUUAAUGAUAUUUGAACAACGUAAAGACUCAUUUCCCUUUUUUUCUUUUCUCUCUUUAGAUAUACACCUCAGGCUAUCCUUAUUCGUCACAAAGCAAUCUUUCCUUAUUCUUCUUCUUUUGUAUAAUCAAAUAUGAGUCUCAGCUGCUUGACCUGCAAGAUUCUGAGGACAGAUUCAGAAAAUGAAUUAAAGGCAAGAUUCAAUGUUGAUAAAAAUAGUAAAGAAAAAUCAGAUUACAUUAGGCCUGAAAUGAGCUGGUCAGGGAAUUUUGCACCUAGGCCUGAAAACAUGGCUCAUUCGCCUCGGGGCCCGGUGAACAAGGUUAAAAAAGGUUCUCGCCGGCUUCAUAACAGCGGUCCGGUGGAGUUUCCAGGUGGUUCGCCCAGGUUAGUAAGGAGCCCUGGGAUGAGAAGGGAUUGGAGUUUCGAGGAUCUGCAACGUCAACUAGUUAAAUAAAAUAGGCGAAUCCAAUAUUUAGAAUGAUUGAUAAUCUCAUUUUUUUAAUUGUUACAUUUAUAUGCAUAAUAAGUCAGAAGCAAUAAAACUCUUAGUUGCUAACAGACUGGAUAUGUUCCCAGGGUCGGAUUAGUUAUGUAACGUACCAGUUCUUUGUUGAAACUAAUUUAUACUUUUCUGUA